UCAGCUGUUUGUUUACAGUUGAUGUAAACAGGACUUUUGAUUUGGGGUCGUGAGUUAAUAGUGCGGUUUCUUGAGGAGGUUCAAAAGCCGGUAUAUGUCUUCCCAGCACCUUUCGGGGUUUAGCUUAAUAUUGCUAACAUGGACCUUCAGGUUAACUUAGUCGUGCAAUAUGAAGGAGAAACACAGUCCUUCCUGGUUUCGGAUCCACAAAUGACUACCUGGGCGGACGUGGAAGCCAUGGUAAAGCUUACUUUUGAUCUGAAUGACGUGCAGUUGAAGUACAUGGAUGAAGAUAAUGAAGAGGUUUCUGUGAACAGUCAAGGAGAAUAUGAAGAGGCCCUAAAGAGUGCAGUUAAACAAGGAAACAAACUUCAUUUUCAUGUGUAUGUGGAGCCUUUCUCUGAGAAUUCAUGCUGCAGAAGUGACAGCGAAGCUAUGCCAAUAGUUAAACCACAAAGAAAUAAGGAAAAAAAGCCUCUUGGUCAUUAUUCCAUGCUUGCCAGAACUAUCGGCCAAGAAAUGAAGAUGUCUCAGGAGGUCAAACAGGAGCUGAAACAAAGUGAUGCAGAUUCUGGAAUGGAACAUCCUCCAGCUUGGUUUGGAAGAUAUAUGGACACGAUGAGACAGCAGAUAGUGACAGAUACAGUGGAAAUGCUGCGGCGUGAGUUUCAGGAAAAAGUCGCUCUUCAUCUUCAGCCUCUGCCUUCUUCCAGUUGUACACAGCCAGCAUUCCAGGUACUUAAAAGCUAUCCAUCUGAUGACCAGACAUAUGACUGGCUUCUGGCUUGCAAUAACUGCCAGACUCGUAUCAUUGGAAUCCGCUACCAGUGCAGUGUUUGUCCUGAAUAUUCCAUUUGUGAAUUAUGCGAAGCUGGUACCUAUGCACAUGAUCCUAAUCAUGCAUUUUUGAAGCUGCGAAGGCCAAGUCUUUCAGAUGGAGUUGGACCACAGAUGUUCUCCGUAGUUUCACUACCACCUGUAGAUAAUCAGAGGUUGCAGCAACUGAACAGAAAUUUGCUUAAAGCAGAAAAGCAGAGACUGAGAGCAGAGAAGAGACAACGGAAAGCAGAAAUGAAAGAAGUGAAGAAGCAGCUAAAAAUACAAAAAAGGAGUCACCUUUGGAACAUAAUAACUGGUACCCAGGACUUGGAAUCAACACGGUGCAAGCCUGAAAGUUUCCAGUCGAGUACAGUAAUCAGAAAUAGUGUUUUACACUGCUCCUCAGUCAUUCCAACUCUGAAUGCAGAAUUUGUGGAUGAGAAUGUACCAGAUGGGACAUGCAUGCCACCUGAGAAUACAUUUACCAAGCACUGGGAAAUGAAGAAUUCUGGCAAUGUGGAAUGGAGUGCUCUUACUAAGUUGGUAUUCAUGUGGGGUAAUCUGUCCUUGGCUUCCAGUACCACAAGAGAAGUACCAGUCCCAUUUCUGCAGCCUGGACAGACAGGCAUGGUAUUUGUAGAUUUUUUAGCCCCAACAUCUGAGGGCACAUACACUUCCCACUGGCGACUGGCUCACAGAGGUGUGCAGUUUGGACCUCGGGUGUGGUGCAGCAUUGUUGUUGAUGCUUGUCAUCAUUCAGGAAGUGGACAGAAAGAAAAUGGCCUCAUUUCUUCUUGUAAACAAGAGAUAGAAAAACAGUCUCUGUCUGAGAUGAAAAGAAGUGAAUCAUCAUUGGUGACUACCUCUGCAAAAAAGCAGCAGGCCAUGGUGCGUGGACAUGAUCUUUAUAUUCCAUCAGUUGAUCUUCUUACAGCACAUGAUUUACUGUCAUUUGAACUAAUGGAUGCUAACAUCACGCAAGAUUUGGAGCGGGUACCACACAACACACCAGUAGAUAUGACUCCUUGUAUGUCACCCUUGCCUGUUGAUGGCCCUGUGAUUGAGAGGGUUGGCUUGAGUCAGAUAGCAGAGGAGAGUGAAGGAGUUGGACAUGGAGGAUUGAUUGAUGUUACCCUUUGCAAAAAGCAGACAGAAAACACUUCAGUUCAUGAUGAAGUAGAAGAAGAAAUCAGUGGCACUCAGUUUGUUUGUGAAACUGUUAUUCGAUCUCUGGCAAUGGAUGAAGCACCUGACCACAAACUGCCACACAGAAGCUCUUUGGAGCAGGAAGCUUUCAGUUUUAAUGUAAAAUCCACAGAGGACCAGAGCACAGUAACAGUUUUGGCUCCAACGGUUGCAGAGAAUGAAUCAGAUGCAAAAAUGGAGUGUGUGGAAGAAAAAUGGACUGGAUCUGGAACAGAAAAAAGUGCUGUAUCCAUUGAAAAAGGAAUCUGUAGUUCUGCUGUCCCCGAGGAAAAAGAUACUGAUGAAAGUGAUGAAGUCCAGAGUCAGGGUUCUUCUUCUUUUUCUGAGGAUUACAUUGUUGUCCUUCCAGACUGUUUUGAUACAAGUCGCCCACUUGGAGAAUCCAUGUACAGCUCUGCCCUUUCCCAGCCUGGCACAGAAGGGGACUUGAACAUGGAGAUAGAAUUGGAAACUUUGGAGGAUCGAAGUCCUGAAGGAGCCAGUAGGCUUCAAAUGCACAGUGUGAAUGAUAUGCUUUGUGCUUCACAGACCCUAGAUACUAUCACAUUAACCCCAGAGGUGGUUCCACCAGCAGCAUUAUAUUUGAGGAAAAAUGCAAAUGCCGACAUUUCCAGUGAUGAAGAACCCGAGAUAUUAUUUGUGACUGAAGACACUUCUGAUGACGCUGCUGCUGCACCCACUUCUGAUUCACGAGAAGUUCCUGCAGGUCAAGACAGUGAAACACUUGCAAGCCCUUCAGUUGUUGUGAAUGGACGGCAAAAGGUCUUUCAACAUAACAGGUCCCAUGGUGGUAUAGCUGGAGAGUUAGUGAAAGGUGCUCUGUCUGUGGCUACAUCUGCCUACAAAGCACUAUUUACAGGGCAACAGCACUCUGAGUCACAGCGUAAGACCACACAGGAAGAAGAGAAUGCAGUGAUGGGAGUGCUGUUUGAGAUGGGCUUUUGUGACAGACAGUUAAACCAGAGACUGCUGAAGAAAUAUAACUACAACCUCGUGGAAGUAGUGACAGAGCUCAUCCAUAUCAGUGACAAUGAUUGGUAUACAAAUCGAUACUAAACGAGUUAUUUAAGGCCGAGGCUUCAGUAAAUGUAUAGCAGUAAUCAUGGGAAAUCAAAGCAGACCUUGUUUAAUCCACAUCAGAGAUUAAAUUAAACAUUUUAAGAAGUUAGAGAAAUUUUAUUUGUUUGAUAGGGACUAUGGAUGCAUCUUUAUCAGUAGAAUUUUUUUGCUUAUUUCAUCUCACUCAAAUUUCAGUUUGUAAACUUUUUUUUUUUUAUCUCUAAAGGGCUUGUUUUUGGUUUAAAAUAUUUUCACACAAAUCAGGCAACAUCAGAAUGUCUUGUUUUCCAUUUCUGUCAAAGUACAACUUGUAUUAGGAUUAAUAUACAUUGCUUUUUCAUGCAAAGAAUUUAUCUCAUUUUCCAUUUGUAACAUUUAUGCCUCAGAUUAGCAUCCUGCAUCACUGAUUAUAAAGUGGUUUCUGCUUUGGUUAGGCUUUUAAAUUUUAAGUUAUAAUUGAAAGUGUUUAUAAAUCAUUUUGUAAAUUAAAAAGGCAUUUUAAAGCA